AUAUUUUAACAGUUCAGCUCUUAAGGGAUAUUUCUCAUCUAAGCUUCUAUUUCUUCCUAGAUGGUGUUAAAAGACUCGAAACCUGUUAUUUUGGUUAGCACCCACUGCUCCUGUGUGGCGGGGUGUGCCUUAUGCAACCAUUUGGUUGCACUACUGUAUCAAACAGCACAUUUUUCACAAUUAGGCAUCCCUGCUGUACCCCCAGUGCACAGUUGCACAGAAACGGAGCAGACCUGGCAUAAGCCAAGGACCUUGGGUGUUAGGCCAGGUCCGGUGGGAGACAUGGAGGUCCGCAAACCCCAAAAUUCUACCGCUGUUUGUGUGAGAAGUUCUCUCUACAAAGCACUGGAUGGGGAAAUGCCAGAUCUUGCCACAUUGAGAGUGCAAGAAGUAUACAGGGACUUUCCCCCUUUGCUUGCACCUCUGGUGACCACCAUGGGCAUGUCAGCGGAAGUCCCAUUAGUUCAGUCAGCUUUUGGGGCUGUCCAGGCCGGGAGUGUGCUGUCAUUUCAGCAAAAACCACCAGAAAUGCAGGAAAUCAUCAACAUCCCAGAAGCCCCAGCCCAACCUUCCCUUCCCAUCCAAGGCUAUAGGCUUGAGCCAACCACAUGUGCCAAUGUGUUAUCAGAGGAGGAACAUGUAUAUAUGAAAUCACUACAGGUGUCAUUCCACAUGGCCCACAGGAUUGAAGCUGCAACACGGGAGCAGAGCUCAUGCCAGGAAUGGCAUCGACUGAGAAAGAUGCGAGUUACAUCUACACGCUUUCACGAGGCAUGCCAUGUUCGCUGUCAUACAUCAGCUGAAAAUCUGGCACACAGAAUUCUGAGGGGGACUGUCAUGACGAAGGACAUGAGGAGAGGAAUCGAUAUGGAGCCAGCUGCCAUGACAGAGUACUGCAGUUUAAAAAAUGUCAACUAUUCACCCUGCGGGUUCAUUAUACACCCUGAUGCUCCAUGGCUGGGAUGCUCCCCCGAUGGAGUCGUGUUUGAUCCUUCUGAAAACCCACCAUUCGGCCUGCUGGAAAUUAAAUGCCCCAACAUCAAGAGUUACAUUGACUGUCCCUACCUAAAAUUGUCUGAUGGCUCUUUGCAUCUUAGGAGGCAGCACAAGUACUAUUGGCAAGUACAAGGUCAGAUCCUCCUGACAGGUUUGGAGUGGUGCGAUUUCGUGGUAUGUGCGCAGGAGGACAUGCUUGUUGAGCGCAUACACAAAAAUGUAGAUGUAAUGCGUACCAUUAGAGACCAAGGAGAUCUUUUUUUUUUUUACCACUACCUACUGAAGUGUUUGUGUGUUUAAGUCAUUUCAGAUUUAAUGACUGUCUAAGUGUGAGUGUGGCCACAUACCACUGGUGGUCCAUUCAAUUACACUGAAAUUAUUAUACAGUAUUAUAUUUAUGGUUUAUUGUAUCUUAUGCAAACAAUAUUUACAUAUACACACACAGACAUACACUACAUUUAUACAAGAUAUACAAUAUAAUACAUAU